AUGAGCGAAGAUGAUUUUUAUAAUAAUCUAGAGAAUUUUAUCGAAGAAUCUAAAAAGAGAAUUAUAGAAAAAGAAAAAUUAAUUACAAGCGAAAAUGAUGAAGAAAUAGAUAAUAUUAAAGAUGAAACACAAGAAAUUCAAGCAUAUAAUUAUACUAGUUUAAUGAUCCCAUCUGAUGUAAGUUCAGAGAAUAAUUCUGAUACAAAUGAAAAUAUAAAGCAAGUGCUUAACCUUCAAGAAAGCAUAGAUAUACAAAAAAUAAAAGAAAAGAAAGAAAAGAAAAAAAAACAAGAAGUAUUUAAAGAUAUUAUGUGUAGUGAUAUCAAAUAUGAAAAGAAAAUAAAAAGAAAGAAAAAAAAAAUAUUUGAAAAUAAGAGAUCUUCAAAAAAAAAUAAAAAUAAUAUAAGAGAUUUUAUUAAUUUAGAAAAAGAUAUAAUUAUUACAAAGACAUUAAUGUAUAAUAAAAAAAAAAAACUUGAUGAUAUAUAUAAAUAUACUAGUAAAAAAGAAAAAACUAUAAACAACUUAAAUAAAAACAUGAUUAAAGAAGCAGCACAUAUGCAAGAAUUGUUAAUAGAGAACUUUAAAAAAACCGAGGAUCUAAUCAAAAAAUUUGAAGAUAUUAGCUCCAAGAAAAAAAAAAAAAAAAAUCAAGUACAGUCCCUGAACAUUGAAAUAAGUAAAUUAGAAGUGGAAUUGGAAAAAAAAGAAGAAAAAAUAAAAGAGCUAGAUAAAUAUAAAUUUUUUUUAAACAAAUUAGCGAAUUGUGAAAAAAGUGAUGAUACAGAGUCCACUGAAAAAAAAAAAAAAUAUAUUGAUGAUAAUGAUGAUGAUAAAAAUGAACAAUCCACAAUUAACGAUAUGAAUAAGAACAUAAAAGAAGAAGACACAAUUUUUUCCAAAAAAAUGAAAAAAUAUAUUAAUAAUUCUCAAUUAUUAAUAGACAAUUUUAAUUUAUUAGAAGAAAAACAUUUACAAUUAAUUGAUGAUACUCAAAAUGCUGAAUAUGAAUUAGAAGAAUAUGAAAAGAAAUAUGAAGAUAAAAAAAAAGCAUAUGAUAUAAAAUAUAAAGAAAUAGAUAAAAAAAUUGAAAAUAUAAAUAAUUUUAUUAAUGAACAUAAUAAUAAAAUUAUCGAAUAUGAAAUCCUUAUGAAAAAUAAAACAGAUCAUAUAUCAUUCAAUAAUAUAAAUAAUAAAAUCGAUUUUAUCUGUACACAAUUUUCUUAUGAUAUUAUCAAUACAAAUGAAAUAAUGAAAAAAUUACAACUAUUAGAAAAUAAAAUUUAUUCAUAUAUUACAACACUCACAAAAUAUACAGAGGAAAAUAGCCAACUUGUGUAUGAGUAUCAAAGGGAAAGAGAGCAAGAAAGGAGGAAGCAAAUGAGAUUUGAAAUAAAUUUGGAUAGAAAAGGAAAUAAUCAAAAUAAACAAUUAAUGAAUAAAAAAGUGAAUAAUAAAAAUUUUAACACAAACCCAAAAGAUAAAAAGGAAAAGCGUGAAAACAUAUAUACAAUAUUUGAAAAAAAUUUAUUUAAAUAA